UAUGUAAACCGCUUGCUUUACUUACUGUAUAUGUAUAAAUGUUGCUGUGACGAAACAAUUUCCCCUUUUCCUUAUAAAGUAACUCUUCACUAUUAACUAGUAUAUCUCUAUCAAUCUAAACACACCCAGGUUUACGAGUUUACGGGGCACCCUGAAGGCGACAUUCCACGUCGCCUCCGCUUCGAGCGAAUCGCGCAGGCUCGCGCGAGCUCCUCCCACAUCUGCGCGCGGAGCAGAGUCGCUGGAGUCGAGACGCACACAGCGGAGUCCGGUCCAUCUCUGCUCGCAGCUAGCUAACUCCCCCUCCCUCUCCCUUCCCUCCCCGCAGCAAGGCCACUGCGGGAAGAUGGCGACGGAAAAACAGAAAAAUGAAGGAAGAGUAAAAAUCGGACAUUACAUUCUCGGAGAUACGCUCGGCGUGGGGACUUUCGGAAAGGUGAAAGUCGGCCAACAUGAGCUGACCAAGCACCAAGUGGCCGUGAAGAUCUUGAACCGGCAGAAGAUCCGGAGUUUGGACGUGGUGGGAAAGAUCCGCCGGGAGAUCCAGAACCUCAAGCUUUUCAGGCAUCCUCACAUAAUUAAACUGUAUCAGGUUAUUAGCACCCCGACAGACAUCUUCAUGGUGAUGGAGUACGUCUCGGGAGGCGAGCUAUUCGACUACAUCUGCAAAAACGGAAAGUUGGAUGAAAAGGAGAGCCGUCGGCUGUUCCAGCAGAUUAUUUCAGCCGUAGACUACUGCCACAGACACAUGGUGGUGCACCGAGACCUCAAGCCUGAAAAUGUGCUGCUUGAUGCACACAUGAAUGCCAAGAUUGCAGACUUCGGGUUAUCAAACAUGAUGUCAGACGGAGAGUUCCUGCGAACAAGCUGUGGUUCUCCGAACUACGCUGCUCCUGAGGUCAUCUCCGGAAGGCUGUAUGCUGGUCCAGAGGUCGAUAUCUGGAGCAGCGGGGUCAUCCUCUAUGCCUUGUUGUGUGGGACGCUCCCCUUCGACGACGACCACGUGCCAACGCUCUUUAAAAAGAUCUGCGACGGGAUCUUUUUCACCCCGCAGUAUCUGAACCCUUCGGUAAUAAGCCUCCUCAAACACAUGCUGCAGGUGGACCCCAUGAAAAGAGCCACCAUCAAAGACAUCCGAGAGGACGAGUGGUUCAAACAAGGCCUGCCGAAGUACUUGUUCCCCGAGGACCCCUCCUACAGCAACAACAUGAUUGACGACGAGGCCCUGAAGGAGGUAUGUGAGAAGUUCGAGUGCACAGAGGAGGAGGUCCUGACCUGCAUAUACAGUCGCAACCACCAGGACCCGCUGGCCGUGGCUUACCACCUCAUCAUUGACAAUCGCCGCAUCAUGAACGAAGCCAAGGAUUUUUACCUGGCGUCCAGCCCGCCCGACUCUUUUCUGGACGACCAGCCCUUCAGCACGUCCGGCGCGGCGGUGUCCGGCACCGUCAAGAUCCACCCUGAGCGCGUGCCCUUCCUGCUGGCGGAGACUCCGCCCAGGCCUCGCCACACGCUGGACGAGUUGAACCCCCAGAAGUCCAAGCACCAGGGCGUCAGGAGGGCCAAGUGGCACCUGGGUAUCCGGAGUCAGAGUCGACCCAACGACAUCAUGUCAGAAGUGUGCCGGGCCAUGAAGCAGCUGGAUUAUGAGUGGAAGGUCGUGAAUCCUUUUUAUUUACGCGUGAGGAGGAAGAAUCCGAUUACUGGGAUGCAAACCAAGAUGAGCCUUCAACUCUACCAGGUGGACAGUAGAACCUACCUCCUCGACUUCCGUAGCAUAGACGAUGAUAUGUUGGAGGCCAAAUCUGGAACUGCUACCCCUCUCCGCUCCGGCUCCGUGGGCAACUACCGCACCACGCUUAAGAACGAUGCGGACGGGGCGGCGGACGCUCCGGCCGCUACGCCCGGCGCCACGCUCCCCGCCAAGGCCGCCGCGGAGGGGUCGCUGGCGUCGUCGUUGACCUCGUCCGUCGAGUCGAUUGGGGGGGGGGACGCCGCGACCGUCCCUCGGCCGGGAAGCCACACCAUCGAGUUCUUUGAGAUGUGUGCGAAUCUUAUUAAAUUACUUGCACGAUAGCUUGCAAAACAAUCGCUAGCCUUUUUUUUUUUUUUUUCUCCUCCGAGUGUCUUUAUAGCAAUAAGCAUGCAACCGAUUCGUGGCUCAAUUCAUCCCAGCUGAGGAUGGCGUGAUUGUUCCAUGGCACUGACGCAGGUUGGUGGUCCCUACGCGGGACGGGGUGGGUGUGUACCGGGCUGACGGGGACUGUAAAGGGUUAUUUGAAAAGAUGAAAGACGGGCUACUUAAUAGCUGAGACAGAACAACAUUUAGGAGGGCGUUUCUUUUUUUUAUACAAUUCCCUGAUCAAUUUAAUGGUAAAUAACCACAUCCCACCUAUAGAUAUACACGCAAGUGAUUACACUGAAUUUUCUGUACUGCUUUCCAGUACAGAGAACAAGAUCACGUUGUUUUUUGCCUGCAGAGAAGGAAGCCACGCGUUGAGGGUCGGGUGUGUGGGUGGCCGUCGUUCAGGGUGCAGGAGGCACUUUUGCACAAGUUUCCUUUUUUUUUCUUUUUUUCUCCUGCUGCUCUUGUUUUUCCGUGGGGAACAGAAGUGGUGCAGAUGUAUCGGGGGUGGGGGGGGGGACUCAGUAGAAGUGCAAUGACCCUUUUGAGUCAACAGAUUUAUGUUUUUUUUUUUUUUUAAUGUCAGCCGAGUUGUCGGAGACAACAUUUUCAUGAUUUCUGUCCUUGUAAAAAAAAAAGUUUUAAUUUGUCUGUCCCCUACAUUUUUAUAUAUAAAGACAUGAAUAUAUUUAUCAGUGGAUGGAGUGUUGGUUCUAUUGGAAAUGGAAUUUGGGGUUUUUUGUUUUGUUUCUUUGCAUCACGAUCUAUUGCUGGAUGGUAUAUAUUUCCCUUUUUUUUUUACUGACUGUUUAAAAAAAAUCAAUAUCACAGCUUUGUUUCCUUCAAUCACAAUUAUUCUGAUACUUGAUUGUCUUUCCAGAUAAAUAUAGCCUGCUUUUGCCAUGACAGUCAAAAUCUAGAAAUAUAUCAUUUCCAGUGUCUCAUAUAAAAAUGACCAAGUGGUUUGGACUUUUUGUGGUAUUUUCUCUCUUUUUUUCCUUUAGAUUAAUAAUUAGGUUUUGAGUAUGACCCCCCAGACUGAAAUGCCUUUUGCUUACGUCCAAUUUGUAAAUGCCAAUCCAUCAAAAAGUGUAUUGGCCUCAAAUUGAAAAUAAGAAGUAGCAAUUACAUGCAGUGCAUGGACAAUGUCUAAUACAUCCAGAAUAUUAUAAUUUUUGGAUAUGUAUUUUUUUUUUUCCACACAUUCCCGUGACAGUUGACGUGAUGCAAGCCUGUGAGCUUUGAAUUGUAAAGUCAUGCUGGAGAGAUUGGAGUUCUUGUAGAAGGAAGAACUACAUCACACAAACGUUGAGAUCAUAAAUGUGUUGGUGAUUUAUAUUUGAUAAAAAAAAGAAGAAGAAACUGUCGGACAAUAUCGUAUACUUGCAAGCUCACAAAAUCUUGGAUAUAUAUAUAUGUCUUUAAUCACGAGUAUGAUGAAUCUCCCUCCAUUUCCUGUCCAGUCUUAAAGGUUUAUAGCGGUGUGUGGUUUGACUGCCUUAUCAUGAUCAGUAUGUUUGUUCUGAUCAGAAUUAUUGACACUUUUUUUUUGUUGCAAUUUUAGGUGUUGAAGUCCACAUUAUUUUGUCAGUGUUCCCAAUUACUGUCAAAAAUUGUGUUUGCGUUACCAAAAAAAGGAGAAAUAUUGACUGCAAAAAUGUAAAAUAAACAUUGGAUUCUUGUUGCCAAUCUAUUGUAGACCUCUAACUGCUGACACUUUAAUUAAAUAUGGCAAUCGGCGAAAACAAAGCAAACUUGAAGGGUAAAGUGGUUUCUAAUGAAUCCGCUUCAUUGUUGUCAGGUUUUAAUCAACUUUGCAUGUUACUAUUGUAGCACCAGUCACUUAAAAGUUGUACUUUUAUUAGUGUUAAGAGGUGUUAGCAGUUGCUCAAGGCUCUGUAUUCUUAUGUUUAGCUCUACACGGCUUUAAAUAUCUCACUGGUACAAACUAUUUUGCAUUUCAGAAAAAUUAUGGAACACAAAUUGCCAAAAGUGACAAUAAUUGUGAUCAACUUGUUUCUCUUGCUGUCCUGCGGGGGACAUUUGACCUUUUUAUGUCUCAGUUUUAAAUGAAAUAAACUGAUCGAGGUAGAGAAACACGAAGGUCUUGGGAGGAUAUUGUAAAACUAAACUUUUGGGGUUUAUAGGGCAGUUGAAAUUUUGAUUACAAAAGUUCUCGAGGGGUUUAAAGGAAAGAUGAAUGUGAAACCGUGACCUUUUUGGCAGUUUAUGGAGUGGUUUACUAGUGGACUCAAGAUACAUUCUGCCAGUCCAUCUGUUUUGGACUGCUUCAAAGAAAUAUUGUUCUAUUUUUGUUUGUUGUGUAAAGGGACCCUAACAGAUUGACCAGUGUAAAUCUGAAUGGACAGUUGAAAUCAUUUGUAUACACAACUGCCUAAUAAACUGCUAAAUUGAACACAA